AUGACGGCGCCUUCAAAGCCGCGCACUAUCUAUGAAAAGAUCUUCGACUCACACCUGAUCUCAGAAGAAGAGGAUGGUACAUGUCUGAUUUAUAUUGACCGCCAUUUGGUGCAUGAGGUCACAUCGCCACAGGCCUUCGAGGGCCUUCGUAUGGCUGGUCGUCCUGUUCGUCGAACGGAUUGCACACUUGCGACAGUGGAUCACAACAUCCCAACUGAGAAUCGCAAGAACUACAAGGACACGGCAUCGUUCGUGCAGGAGAGCGACUCGCGUUUACAGUGCGUUACGCUCGAACAGAAUGUCAAGGAGUUUGGCCUCACGUUCUUCGGCCUUGCAGACAGUCGGCAGGGCAUCGUGCAUGUUAUUGGUCCCGAGCAGGGCUUCACAGUACCGGGGGCGACGCUGGUGUGUGGCGACUCACACACCUCGACUCACGGUGCAUUCGGUGUGUUGGCCUUUGGGAUCGGCACAUCCGAGGUGGAGCAUGUCCUUGCGACACAGACGCUACUGCAGAAGCGCAUGAAAAACAUCCUCAUUGAAGUGAAUGGCGACAUACCCGAGGGAGUCACGAGCAAGGAUAUCAUGCUUCACAUCAUCGGUCUCAUUGGCACUGCUGGUGGCACUGGUGGUGUGCUGGAGUUUGCUGGCUCGACGAUCCGCAGUUUGUCGAUGGAGGCCCGCAUGAGCAUGUGCAACAUGAGUAUUGAGGCUGGCGCACGUGCGGGUCUGGUGGCUCCUGACGAAAAGACACUCAACUAUCUGCGGGGACGACCCCUCGUGCCCCAAGGUGAGGAGUGGGAACGCGCAUCAAAAUACUGGCUGUCGCUCGCCAGUGACCCCGGCGCAACGUAUGACAAAAUUGUGCGCAUAGACGCGAAAGACAUUCCGCCAACGGUGACGUGGGGCACGAGUCCGCAGGACACGGUGCCGAUCACAGGGCAAGUGCCAGAUCCCAAGAAUGCACCGAACGAAGAACUUGCGAAUGAAUGGACACACUCGCUCAAAUACAUGGGACUCGAGCCCAACACGCCGGUUGAGCAGAUCAAAAUCGAUAAGGUAUUCAUUGGCUCAUGUACCAAUUCGCGCAUCGAAGAUCUUCGUGCCGCUGCACGAAUUCUUCAUGGCCGCAAGGUGUCGCCCCAUGUCCAAGCGAUGCUCGUGCCAGGCUCCGGACUGGUGAAAAAGCAGGCGGAAGCGGAAGGCCUCGAUGCGGUGUUCAAAGCCGCUGGUUUCGACUGGCGCGAAGCCGGUUGCUCCAUGUGCCUGGGCAUGAAUCCGGACCAGCUCUCACCAGGUGAGCGUUGUGCUUCGACAUCGAACAGGAACUUUGAAGGCCGCCAGGGCGCCGGAGGACGUACACAUCUUAUGAGUCCUGCGAUGGCUGCCGCUGCUGCUGUGACGGGCUACUUGACAGACGUGCGCAAGCUUACCGCUGGUGAUCUGCCCGGUUUCCCGGCGGCCACGACGCAGUACGAUCUGCCUGAGAAGGAUUCGCGCAUGUUUAUCGAGGAAGGCAUUUUGCAUGCUCCAGCCACUUCGGCGCCGCCCUCUAGUUCUGCAACACAAAACGCGUCGGCAAAUGGGGCCAACGACGAGUCCGCCAACGACAAUGAUCGUCAGGUCUAUGCCAGCGCUGGUGAUGCGUCUGAGAGUGCUUCGCAAGGUAUGCCGGCAUUCCGCGUGCUCAAAGGCAUUGCUGCUCCCAUGGAACGCUCAAAUGUGAACACGGACGUCAUUAUCCCAAAACAGUUUCUUAAGACUAUCAAGCGUACAGGUCUCGGCUCUGCACUAUUUUGGCCCUUGCGCUAUGAUGUACAAACGAACGAACCAGUCGCAGACUUUGUACUGAACAAAGAGCCAUAUACGCAAGCCAAGAUCCUCGUCGUGGCAGGCAGCAACUUUGGUUGUGGCUCAUCACGAGAGCAUGCGCCCUGGUCACUGCUGGACUUUGGCAUUCGCGCUGUAAUUGCAGAAAGCUUUGCAGACAUCUUCCGCAACAACAUGACAAAGAAUGGGCAGUUGCCGGUGGUGUUGCGGCCGGACGAGAUUCAGCGGGUGCUGAAAGAUGCAUAUGCCGGCAAGCCUAUCACAGUGGACCUUGAGCAGCAAAAAGUGAUCUGCGAAGAUGGCACAGCGUUCGGCUUCGAAGUUGCGCCAUUCACGCGACAUUGCCUGCUGCAUGGACUGGAUGACAUUGCAUUGACGCUGCAAAAAGAAAAGGAAAUCAGUGCAUUUGAGCGUAGCCGCUCGCACACGCCCUGGUUGAAUGGCGUUGUUUACGGCAAAGGCGUUUCCGCAUCGGAUGCACGUAGGUCUAAGCCAACGACUGAGUGGUAG